AUGUCGGGCCGGUCGGUGCGGGCCGAGACCCGGAGCCGGGCGAAGGAUGAUAUCAAACGGGUGAUGGCGGCCAUCGAGAAAGUGCGCAAAUGGGAGAAGAAGUGGGUGACAGUUGGCGACACAUCCCUAAGGAUUUACAAAUGGGUACCAGUAACAGAGCCUAAAGUGGAUGAUAAAAAUAAGAACAAGAAAAAAGGCAAAGAUGAAAAAUGUGGCUCUGAAGUGACCACUCCAGAGAACAGCUCCUCUCCAGGGAUGAUGGACAUGCAUGAUGACAAUAGCAACCAGAGUUCAAUAGCUGAUGCUUCUCCAAUAAAACAAGAAAACAGUAGUAAUUCCAGUCCAGCACCAGAACAGAACUUGGCAACACAAGUGGACGGCACUGAAGUAAAGUCCGAUGAUACUCAGACAGAAGCAAAGGAGCAGCCUGGUUCAGAAGAUACCUCUGAUGAACAGAAUUCACAGUCUUCUAUGGAAAAUUCCAUGAAUAGUUCAGAGAAAGCAGAAAUCCAGUCUUCUGGAGAAAAUGAUCUAAUUACAGAGGCAUCUAAAAACUCUCAGGACUCUGAAGGAGUGCCACCUUCUAAAAAGAUGAAAGUAGAGGCUUCCCAACAAAAUGUUGAAGAGAUUUAGACUAUAGAUUUUUCUGGUCAAUUU